AAUAACUUGUUUGGUGGGCAGUACGCACAGUCCAGUCCAGCGGAGAACCAGUCCCAGUUCCAGGCCAAACCCGCUCUCUAAUCCCCGCGAAGAUCGACGCGAAACGGUCGAAAUCUAAUCGGUUCAAUAGGGUUGCCUGCCAGAUAGUGCGUGGGCAGGCCCGAGUACGAGUAUGUAGCUAAUCGCGGCCAACAACUGGCAAGUGGAUCAACCAACCGGUGGCAGUGGGCCACUCUCCGUGCCUAGAUAAACAAAUUCCGCACGGGCAGUCCGUCGUCUUUAAUUGUUGUUGUUCACUGGAAUUGGCCGAAGUGGGCAAACAAAUCCACGCCAGUAACAGCUGGGCAGGAAAAGUCCACUUCGGGUGCAAAACCAGCUCUAGCUCUAAUCGCAACUACAACGACGACUUCAGCUGCAGCUAUAACAACAACAACAACAACAAUAACAACAACAGUCAGUGCGAUCGAGCCCACAAAAGAGACGACGACAAAACAAAGAAGCAGGCGAACAAAGAACACAAGGCAACAACAAAAGAACGGAACAGAGAGACACAGAUACUCAGAUACACCAGCGCCAGACACCAGAUACAAAACGAGUCUGUCGCAGCAUAGAUACAAAGGUAGUGCAUCCAGGAGAAGCGUCUAUUAACAGGGGAGCGGGACGAGAGCCAAAAAAAAAUAAAACCUAUAAAGUAAAGCGGCCACUCAACACGACUGUGUUCAGGCAGCGUAAACACGACGAAUUUGUUAAUUAAGACGCCAAAUGUUUGGCAGUCUUCGAAAGUGCAAAGCAGAGGAGCCAGCCGCCAGCCGAGUAGUAAACAGCGAGAGAGUGCGCGAUAGAUAAGCGUGUGGGUGCAGUUCGAGUUCGAAACUGUGAGAGAGGUCUUCCAUUGUGGCGCGCACGUUUGGCCUGUCCCACCAAAAAUCAGCUGGUCCCGCAAAGCUCAUUUCAAGUGCAUGCUGCCCGAGAUCGCUCUCUCUCUCUCUCCACGCUCUCCCGACCAAUUCCACCCACACGCCCCUGGCCGACCAACCCGCAUCCCGUUAUCAGUCAAUGCCACUUUUCUGCAACUGAUUCGGGGGAGCACAGUCACCAACGAAUCGGAGAGCUAUAAAACUCAGGACGUGAGACUAUCAGCCCCCACAGUCACAAUACAAUGCCACGCGCCACAGACCCUGAGGUGACCUUGCCUCCUAGUCAAGAAUCCGAUCGCACAGUGCCACCACAAAUAACCAAAUCACUCACACUAACCUCCACGAGGAGCGGGGUGGGCACGGGAAACUUCGGAGGCUACGGCCAGACGAACGGAUCCGAGAAGCCUACUGUGCUGCAAAUGAUUCUGGAGGCCUUGGGCCUGCGCAAUCAGGCUCAAAACCGCGAACCGACGUCCAAGGACAUCGGAACCCUGAUAUUGCUCGGCGUAAUGUUUCUGCUCUUUGUAAUCACGGUGACCGGAUUCUUUGUAAUGUGGUUCACCGAAUACUACAACAACACCAUGCUGGAGAACCUUAUUUUAGCCGAGAACUCGGAGACCGCCAACAGUUGGCUGAACCCCGACCCCAAUUACGAUACGUUGCUAAAGGCACACAUCUUUCAUUACCCCAACAUCGACGACUACUUGGCAGGUCGGGCUGAUAAAAUAAAGGUCGUGGAUGUGGGACCACUCACCUACCAAGAACACACUAUCAAAGAUGAAGUCUCCUUUAACAAGAACUUCACGGUUAGCUUUAGGGACCGCAAGACGUACAAGUUCUUGCCGGAGAAGUCGUCUGUUGGGGAACACGAGGUGCUAAGGGUGCCCAAUGUGCCCCUAAUCUCUGCGGCCGGACCUGUUAAGCGCAUGAAGGCACUCGAACGAUUAUUUGUUACCAGCAUUAUCAAUCAAUACCAGGAGCCGCUCUUUAAGAACCUAACAGCCUUCGAUUUCCUAUGGGGUUAUGAAGACAGCAUCAUCAAACUAAAGUCCCUGGGCAAAGGCAGGCGGCGCUUUGGCCUUCUGAUGACUCGCAACGGAACCAGCGUGGACUCCGUGCAGCUCAACACGGGCGAGGACGACAUCACCAAGUUCAGCGUCAUUACCCAGUUCAAUGGAAUGCCCCAGUUGGACUACUGGGAGGGGGAGGAGUGCAACCGCAUCGACGGCUCCGAACCAUCGAUGUUCUCACCGCAUUUGCUGCAGGAUCGCAGUACUGUGAAUGUGUUCCUCCAGGUCCUGUGCCGCAAAGUGCCACUACACUUUGAAAAGGAAGUGACCAUCUACAACGACAUCGAUGUUCUGCGCUACCGGACGCCAAUGGAUGUAUUCGCCCAUCCCGAUGAAAAUCCUGCGAACCAGUGCUACUGCCAGAACACGGAGCUGUGCCUGCCCAGCGGAGUGAUCAACGCCACCAAGUGCUACGGGGACGCACCCAUCUUUCCCUCAUUCCCGCACUUCUUCACCGGCGAUCCGGUGCUAUACAAGGACUUUGAUGGCAUCAAGCCAGACGCAGACAUUCAUCAGACCUAUGCUGACAUCCAUCCUCGAUUCGGAUUCCCCAUUAGCGGAGCCUCACGCGUCCAGAUCAACAUUAUGUUGGACAAGACGCCAAUACUAAGAAAUCAGGGCGCUCGGCUGAGGAACACCACCAUUCUUCCGCUGAUGUGGAUCGAGAUCACCUCGGGUGACUUCUCCGAGGAGGUUCUCCAUAAGUUGUACUUGAGUACCUUUGGCCUGAAUGCCAUUCAGCAGACUCUCAAGUACGGCACACUGCUCAUAUCGGUGACAUUGUUCAGCCUGAUCGUAGCCGUAGUAUACUACAUGAAUAGCAGGCGGGAAGAGCAGCUCGAAGAGAGCAAGUCUUUCGCUGAGCUGGAGGCACUAAACGGAGAAAUCGUCGUGGUGCACCACAUCGACAUGCCCGUUCCGGCGCCGGUUCCAGGGCAAGGGAGCAGCAACCAUCGAGCAGCGUUUGCCAUGUGAUCGAAUUGUGCCAUUAGUUAGUUAGUUAUGGGCGGGAAGGGGGAAGUUGUUGAAACUUUUAUGAGAUUUUCGAAUUUGUCAGUGCUUAUUAUAGAAUAGUUCUUAAACUUAAGUCUGCAGAGUCGCCAGUUACCUUUAAUAUGUAGUCAUUUGAUGUAUAUAUAUGAAAAACGUUUAAUAAAUUGUUCAUACUA